AUGCUCAAAAUUAGGAGAGCAGCCCCCUUGGUUUCAUUCACGCACGCUCAAUCAUCAAUCUCUCUUUCUCUCUCUCUCGGUCGAUCAAUCGACAAUUCUCCCCUGCCAACUUCCUCACCUCCCACUUCCGGCAAAUCUUCUUCCUCUCUCUCGAUCCUCAUGCUAGUUGCCGAAGACCACCAGUUAGUGUUCAAUUAUUGGGAGCCUCUUUAUUUCCUCCUCUACAAAUCAGGCAUUCAGACUUGGGAGUACAGGAAACAUUGA